CACAGGAGGAAUGGCUGCACCAGGGUCGGGCAGAGCUGCGACGUGCCAUCAUGGUCUCCAGACGUCACAACAAAAAUCUGGCCAAAAACGUCAUCCUCUUCAUCGGUGACGGCAUGGGCAUAUCCACGGUCACGGCUUCUAGGAUCAGAGGAGGCCAGUUGAGGGGUGAGAAAGGCGAGGAGAACCUGUUGUACUUUGAACGGUUCCCCCACGUUGGUCUUAUAAAGACCUACAGCGCCGACUCCCAGGUGACCGGCUCUGCUGCGGCCGGAAGUGCCAUCCUGACAGGUGUGAAGAUCAAUUCAGGUGUGGUGGGCUGCGACAGCCGGGUCAAGAAGGGCAACUGUACGACCUUCACCGACAAGACCAGGCUCAAAACCAUCGUCCACGCCUUUGUUGAUGAGGGCCUCUCCACGGGGAUUGUGACCAACUCUCGCAUCACCCACGCCACCCCCGCCUCGGCCUACGCCCAGACUCCACAUCGAGGCUGGGAGGGGGACGUGGACAUGUCUUCAGGGGCGGACACCGCCGACUGUCGGCAUGUGGACGACAUCGCAAAACAGUUGGUGCGGAAUAACUCCAACAUCAAAGUUCUUCUAGGAGGUGGGCGCAGGUAUUUUCUGGACAAUGAAACAGCUGACCCGGUCACUGGCAAGAUUGACCAGUACCAGAGACGUGACGGGCUCAACUUGAUUGAGGAAUGGAAACAGGACAAGAUUCUCCGUAAUGAGAGUCAUAGUUACGUCUGGAACCGUGAGCAGCUCAACUCUGUCGAUGCUAAAACCACCAACUACCUUCUGGGCCUCUUCAACCCAAGUCACAUGGAUUAUGACGUAACAACAACCAGCCAAUCAGAGAGCAGACAGGAGCCGAACCUGGUUGAGAUGACUGAAAAAGCCAUUCAAAUUCUGCAGAACGAUAAAAACGGUUACUUUCUACUAGUCGAAGGUGCCAGAAUUGACUUCGGUCACCAUGCCAACUCCGCCAUUACUGCCAUCACCGAGACGCUGGAACUGGACGAAGCGGUCAAGGCCGCGGUCCGGAUGACGGACAGUCAGGACACCCUGAUCAUGGUCACCGCUGACCACAGCCACGCCUUCGCCAUCCAGGGGUACGCACCCAGGGGCAACGACAUUUUAGGAACCGCGGACCCAGGUGUUGAUUCUUAUCCGUUAGACGGCCUGCCCUACACGACCCUGGGGUACACAAAUGGGCCGAUCUUCAACAGGGCUGACCUUUCAAAUGUUGAUACAGGUUCCUUCAACUUCCGGCAACAGGGCUGUAUCCCAGUCAGCGUCGAGACCCACGCCGGUGAAGACGUGAGCGUGUACGGCAUGGGCCCCAUGGCCCACCUCCUCCACGCGACCCACGAGCAGAACUACCUGUACCACGUCAUGGAGUACGCCGCCUGCGUCGGCCGCAGCAAGAAGUACUGCAAGAGCAAGUCCCACCGACGGGGCGAGAGUUCGCAGCCCAGCCCGACCAGGGGCAACAAGGAGGAGAGGAGGGGGGGACAACAGAAACGGCAACAAUGAGAGUGAGAAUUGAACGGGGAGCCAGCACUAACAGGGGAUAAAGCAAUAUUUUCACAUGCCACAACAUCGUCAUUAUUUAUACACGUUUCAUUUUACUAUUUCAGUUUAAAAACAAAUUUUUAUAUCAUUUUUUUUCACAUUAUUUCCUGCAUUUAAUUAACUGCAUGUGGUUAAUUGUUUCGAUUAGGGAUCGUCCAGAGAUGACAAUAUUGUUUUUAAUUUUUUCCUUAUCCCCCCACUCAGCACGCCCCUAUCGUCUCUCAUAGUCAGAAAAUGCUAAACUACCCCACAUAAAAUGACGUCACCCCACCCCCUUUCUCAAGAUUAAAAUUUUAAUUUUUUUUUUAAAAAUGUCGAUUUCUGUUUAAAAUUUUACUAAGAUCGGUCAGCAUCGAGAUAUUGAUUUCAAUUCACACAAAAAAAUGCUUUUUUAAAAACGCAAAAAAUUCAGUCUCUAAAAUUACUUUUACAAUGCAAACGUGUGUCGUCACACCUUCUGACCUCAUACCUUCUUCCCAUCCACAUCGUCACAAAAAUACAACCCCACACCCUAGGAAUGUGACGUCGUUUAUGGACACCCUAAAAAGCUUGACUAACAGUCUACGGAAAUAUUUUUUGUUCGUGAAUGACUUAUUGGUUAUAAGUCCCGUCUAAAGCUUACUUGCUUAGCUUAUAUUUACCUUUUUUAAAUAUAUUAACUUCAAAAAUACAAAGUAUAUUUUCAGUUUGGUACAAGUUUAAAUGUUAGAGCCACAAACACAAAUAAAAUAUUUGUCUGCUGUUUUUUUUAAAAGCAAUAAGUAAUAUCAGUAUUUCUGCUGUAGCUUGUUAAUUUUAAUCAUGGAUAGCUUCCCUUUACUAGAAUAAUUAUUUUUUUCACCCCAAUGCUAUGUAAUUUGUUUUAGACUUUACCAGCCCAUUGUAAAUAGAGUUGACGUCUCUCUUCCUUAUUUUGAUUUUUUUUUUAAAUAUUUAAAAUGUAAAAAAAAAAUUGCAUGACUAAAAUGCACUUUUAAAAUGCUAAACGUAGCAAAGAAAUGUGAUGACAAACAUGAUAUACAUAUUUGCCUUUAAAUGUUACAGUUAAAAUAAACACAAACAGCCGUUUUUGUUAAAAUUUAAAA